CCAGAAAAAUGGAGGAAGCCCUGGUUCAAGUGAAGCCUUGUGAAUCUUCUAUCCAAGACAAGUCCUCUAAGCCGCCAACUUUCAUCAAAAUCCUGCUCCGUGAGACUGAUGACAUCGUUCUCUUCGAGAAUCCAAGUGAAACCGUCCCGCGGGAUAGCGAAGAAGCUGCCACAGUCAUUGCAGCAAAUGAGAAGUAUGAGUACUUGACGAAAGGCAAGGGCAGGAAUCGACGGACAACCAAUUCCGAGGCUCAAACAAUGGACUGUCUCUACAAAUCCCGAGCCGUGAACACAGAUCGGAUUAAGCAGGAAGAUAUAGGGACUUUUGUGUCGAAUUACGAAAUGUUCGACACUUACGAGGAUCUCGCAAGAUCAUCCCAUAGUCUAGACGUCAGUGAGGAGACGAAGAUCGUCAUAACGACUUACACGAGAGAAGGAGAAGAAGAUCCAGGACAAUUUCUUAACAAUUCUGCCAAUUUCCGUUUGUCUGCAAUGAUUAUUCAACGCCUCUUGGCGGGAAAUGUUUUCCGUGAAAAACAGAAACGCUUCCGCAAUAUGUAUUUACCAGAUCCUCUAUCCAUUGAUGUGAAAUAUCAUUACACUCUGGAAAGACUCUGGUCCUAUCAGUGGACAUCAUUGUCGGGAUACGCCGUCACGAGUUUCAGUUGGUGUGAAAGCAACAGAGACAUUCUAGCAGUGGGAUAUGGCCUAUUCUACCUAGAACCGACGCGAGAGCAGCCAGAAAAUGGCUUUGUUUGCAUAUGGAGUAUUAAGAAUCCCGUAAAUCCUGAGCGCCAGUUUCGAUUCGACGCUCCUGUUAGUGCUGUUGCUUUCUCACCUUUCUACCCACAAAUGCUAUCUGUGGGACUCUACAAUGGAAGCUUGGAGAUUCGGGACUUCACAGAUGAGUACGGAUCCUUAAUAGCCUCCACUGAUCGAGAAACCGCGCCUGGCUUUGAGUCCAUCUGGCAAAUUGAUUGGCUACCAGGAGAAGGCAUAUUCAGUCAGUUUGGUCAGUUGCUGACGAUUUCCGUUGAUGGACGAAUCAUGAAGUAUUCUUUCACUUCUGGACCCUUUCUUGACACUGUUCAACUUCUUCGGUUAAGUCGGGUUGAAGGAGUUGUAGAAGGAUUGCCUGUUGCAAAGAAAAAAGACUUGAUGGAGGCCUAUCGCCAUCCACAAGCUCUCUGUCUUCGAAUUCAUCCGCUACGCAAACAUACUUACUUCGUAGGCACCGAUGAAGGAUGUCUGCACACAUGCUCCCUGAACUAUCCCCAUCAUCAUAUAGGCGUGUGUCAGGUACAUAAGGGUUCAGUUUACAGCAUCGAGUACUCUCCGUGGAGCCCAAAGAUUUUCCUAACGUGCGGCAGUGAUUGGUGCAUUAGAGUGUGGGUCGAGGGCGUCUUCACGCCAGUUAUUGAACUGUCCAGUGGCUUCAAUGCUGUCAAUUGUGCCUUCUGGAGUCCUAUUCAUGCCACUAUAAUAGCCAGCUGUAGUCGGAACUGUGUUGAACUCUGGGAUAUUCGAAGGAAGACUCUAAAACCUGCCUCAACUCACAAAUUCGAUUCCUCUCCUCUCACGAAAAUCAAGUUCUCAAAGUGCGGACGAUCCCUGAUUGUGGGAACUGCAGAUGGAGUGAUUCACGUGUGCGCCCUGGAAGACAUGCCUUUCCCACCGCAUUUUCAAUACAAUGAACUGCAGAAGGCGAUCUAUGGCGCCAUCAGCGGAGACCUCCUUGACCAAGUGAAGAGUCUCGGUCAUCUGGGCUACCCCACGGACAAGAAAAAGCGCCCCACUUCUGGCACGUGAUCAUCGUGCAAGCAAACAAAGAAGUUAGGAAGCAAAGUUCUCUGGAGUGUAAAAUUGAGUUCAUUAUUUACUUCUCAAGAUAUACAGAGUGUGGAAAAAUAUUGCAGAUUUGAAUAAAAAUGCUUGUCAUUCUUCUUCUUUUAUGUGUGAUCUUUACGAUCUUGCUUUUGAGUUCUGUAAGAAAUUCAUUCUACAUGUAAAGAGUUGUAAUUCACAGUAAAUUGUUCAGCGAAUUGAAACGAAUGUUGCACUCUCUGAAUCCAAAACCAUCGCAAGUCUUUCCCCUUUCUUUUUCUGGGGCAGUCCAUCCC